AUGGUGGAUGAUGAUGAGGAGAACAGCAAAAGGGCUACUGCGAUCGAGGUGCAGGUACACCAGCUUUAUGAUAUACUUUUUCACCUCGCAGAUAAUCUAGAAUCCUCCGAUAGAACGUUUGCUGUUCCAGCGAAAGGGUUUGAAAGCCUCGCAGCACUAUUGGGGCAGAUUUCCCAGGCCGUCAAGGAAGCAGAAAGAAACGCUCCAUCCUCUGCACAAGCUGAGGGUGAAAGAGAGCGAGAGCUCAGACUCACUUCGGAAGCUACAGAUAUUGCCGCAGUUGCCGCGAACGCAGCAGUGGGCGCAGUAGGGGCAGCGGCAGCGGCUGCAUCUGGGGCUGCGGACCAGCGCGUCGCAAAGAGAGCCGUGAUUGCAGCUGUCUGGGCUGCUGGGUCUGCGUAUCGAGCAGCUGGGGUGGCACGGGGUGUGACGGCAGCGGAAGCGUCUCUACCACCCGAGGCCCAGCUCGAAUACCAUGGCGAGUUUGCCGAGGAUUAUGUGGAAGAAUUUGAGCAGUGGAACAAUUUCUGUCGACUCCUCUUUCGCGAUCAAGAGCUAGAGUUGCAAACAUCCCUGUAUCUCCAGUUGUCCGUUCUUGGCCGAGGAGCAAUUGCACAAGCGGCUUCUGCCCAAUGGGACAGUAUCUUGGAAUUUCUACGCAAGAUCAAGGAUCAAGAGAUUGGCAGCCCACCACUCGAUACUCUUCUCAAACUGAUUCAAUCUGGCAACCGGAGCCUGAAGGAUCUGGUAAGACAGUAUGUGCUGGAAUCGGUACCUUUUAGGGAUCUGGCAGUCCUGGAACGAGUUUCCAGGAGUGACGCUGCCGUUGCACUGGGUCUUGGUGAUGAUGCCGAUCUUCGAGCAAGAAAUCUUCGCUUACGGCCCGAUCUGUUCCAAGGGGACCGAGAUGCCGGUGGUGGCGGUGGGCCUCAAUGUUCCAUUUGUUGUUCGGAAGAAGACAGCGAGCUGGUCUCCGGCAAAAUCGAUCAGAGUGCGAAUGACGACUUUCUCACAUUCCCGGGAAAGUUCAAUGGCAAGGCCAUCAAGCCCCUCAUCGACACUGGCGGGGGAUGUAACCUGAUCAAAGCGGAGUGGCUGAGGAAGCAAAACAUUCAGGUCAAUGAAUCUUCGCGCCGCUUUCAGACGCUAUUGAUGGCGGAUGGGUCCACGUCAACGAAAUGUCCCUGCGUUGAGGUGAGGUGGAGCUUUGAUGGGAGGAAGAAAAUCUGGACGGAUGUGGAGUUUGUUGUUGUCGAAGGAUACAAAUAUGAUGCCCUGAUAGGGCUGCCUUUCUUGAAACACACUGAGACUCUUCACAAUAGCGCGGGUCGCUUGGUUUUCCCCGAAUUCAAGGGAGUCCAUGCGAAGAAGGAUUCCAUCCCACUGUACAAUUUUGGAGUCAAGGCCAGCACAUAG